CAGGUUAAAGCCGUUAAGGUUCUCUAAUGGCCUUGCUGGAGUUAGUUCAUUGUCAGAUUAAGUAUUUAUAGGAGCAAAAAAUGUCUUCUACUUAAACAUUUAGUGUUUAUUUAAUGAAGUGCGAAGAGUCUGAAAAAAAAACGAUCACCAGGAACGCCCAAGUGUCAAACCACUAAUAACACGCUUCCCUGAAACAGGACGAAACUUAGUGGUUAGUGGCGAACGUAUCUUAUAAGUUUUGCCGCGAUCCAGGUGACUCGCGAGGCUUAUACUUUGGUAGCUGAGGAAGUGUGCUCAAAUUUAGGGAAUUUUUAUCAACAGACUGACAAGAAACUAAUUUGGAAGCAAUGGAUGACUCCGAAGAUACAACGCCACGUAGAUGGUGGCGGCGAUUAAGGAAUAUAGUUAGAGGCCCUAUCUCAUUAUUCCGACGUGCAAGUACAUGUAGACGCGGUUCCACGGAAUCACUUACUUCAUCUGCGCUUACAUCUGCGCCUGUUCCAGUUCGAGGUGAAUAUAGGCGAAGAGCGAUGGAAGAACAAGAUUCAUCAGAAUCUAAGCAAGCGGUCAAUAAGCCCAAGCCACGUGCAGCAGUAGCAGGCACUUCGACGCGUCGCCCAAAGUCAUUCGUACAUGAAGCUGAUGUACAUGCCGCACAAAGCCCAAAGGAACGGUCACUGUCAAGUCAAGACACAUUCAAACAUAUUAGGUCCCUCUUGACUUGGUAUGCUUCCUCCAGCAAUAGUCAAUCUGAACAAUUGCAUUCAGAAUUACAGGCAACCCCGCCACAAGUUGAACCAGUUGCAGUAGCAGGUCCAAGUUCCUGUCAUUGCGACGAAAUUGAAAUUAACACAAUCCACGGUAGAAAGUUGAUUAAAAUUUCAGAUUUGACAGAGGCUAUUAACCAGGCGAUCAUGAAGAAAUCAGCUUCAUUUACAGAAGGAUCAACUUCUUCGGGAUUGGGAAAGGCGUUAUUUGCAAUACCCGUACGACUGAAACCAGUUGCAGACGUCACUUCAGAUGAGGAAGUUUCACCGGUAGAAGGAGAUUCAUACGAAGAAAUAGGUUUACACGAACUACCGAUUUCUCAUGAAAGCGCAGGCUUGGAAGGAGAAGCAGGUUUACUCGGGAAAGCUUCACAGGAAGGGAUAAAAACACGUAAAGAAAAGUUUCCACUCGAGAAGCCGGUUCCAGAUGAAGAAGCGGUACCGCAAGGGGAGGUGAUUCUACACAAGAAAGGGGCUCCAUGCGGAGAAACACCACCAUCCAAAGCAAAAGCUCAACAAAACGAAGAUGAUGUAUCAGGAGAAGCUGUUUCACAUGAGCGAAGGGCUUCAUACGGCGAAGCCCCGUUCCAGAUCGAAGCGGUUCCACUUCAGGAAGCAAUUCCACAAGGGGAAGCGCUUCCACCUCAGGAAACUGCUUUUCAAAUGAGAGAAUCUUCUACACACACCGAAGCUGCUCUAACUCGAGGAAAAUCUUCGUCGAAUUCAGAUUCAACACCAUAUUCACCCUCUAGAAGUUCAUCAUCAGAUGCCGACUUUCAACGUCAACUCAUUGUAGGAACUGAAGAUAUGAGGCGAUUUUUGCAAUUCCAGGAAACAGAUUCGUCGUUAUCAGAACAGAAAAUGAGACAUGACUCAGCAGCGAGCAUAGAUUCGAACGUGCCUUCCUUAGAAAUGGACAAAGCGUCCACUUCGGCAACUUCAGGGGGUUCGGCCAAUUUGUACGGAGAGGGGCCUUCAGGAUUAUGUCAUACGCAACGAGUGGGAAGGCCUCCUCUACUUCGCAGUGUUACUGUAUACGAUAUUCCACUGCAACCCACGCUUAAGCAAACUAACUGGUCGACAGAUUCAACAGACGAUGAUAGCACGUCGUCCCCCCUAUCAUCCUUGACGUCACCGUCAAACGAGGGGGUGGCUUCAACACAACCUACGGAUGGUCAUCCGGAUUCAAAAUCGGCAGUCCAAACUCGUAAGCAGCUGCCAAAUCCUAUGCACGAAGCACGAUCUCUAUCAAAUGGUUCGUCAGAUUCUACUAACGGGUUGGAUGCCGCUCCUAAUGUACGGCACGAACAUUCACAGAUUGUACAGGUGGAUAGAGAACCAGUACCACUUGAAAGCCGGGAUCCACCUAACGGCGUCAUUACAUUAGCUGUGUUAUUUGACUUAGACUCGGAAGAGAGUCUAGAGGACGAAGUUUUUGAACAGCUAUAAAUGCACUUGAAUGAAAAUUCACCUGAGAAAGUAUAUAUAUUUCUACAAAUAAUUUAGAUAAAUUUUCAGAAACUUGGAACAGCUUCGCUGAAUGUUGCAACGUAUUCAUUCUGUUCCGAACAAUUGUCCAUCGAUCAUCAAUUAUAUGCUUUCGGCAUAUACACAUAUGUCGUAGCCUACGCAAAAGCCAUCAUUAUAAUUUCUUGUUUAGAUUUGCACGAGAAGAUGCAAUGCAGCAAUUUGUGUUUGCAUCUGAAUCUGAAACUUUGCUUGCCAACAUUUCGCGUACGGUAUAAAGUUGUCUAUCGGAGUUCCAGAAUUCGUUAUGAUUCCUACACUCAUUUUGCAGUUCUUCUUAUGCAAAUGUAAUACCGCCCAGGAGAAUUUUAAACUGAAGUCGUUAUAUGACAAUAUCUUUUAUUUAAAUGUUAAAAGUUUUAAUAGUUCAAUUUCAGUCAAAGAAAUUUUAAACUCGCUAGAAUGAUGGCUUUUGCGUGCUAAACUACGACAUAAAUAUGUUUUUAUUAGAUAGAUGUGUGCUGAUCCAUUAAUUUGGCUUCAUUUUUUUAUUUUUUAAAACUUAUUCAAUUCUUUUAAAAUGUUUCAGUUGUUUCUUGUAGGGAAACAACAUAUUAGUGACAAGUUUUUAUUUCUACUGACGAACAUUUUUUAUCUAAAAAUAUAUCUUUUAUUUAAUAAAAUUCUGGUCUAAGAUUU